GGCAGCGAACCGUUCCAGUUUCCGUUUCCGCUUUGAUUUCUUGACAUUGUGAAGAAGGCUCGCUGAAUAUCAGAUUCAUUGCUUGAUUAUCCUUUCCAGAAUCUUCCAAUGUAUUGAUGUCAGACUGAUAGGAUUAUGGGCCAUGGUCAUGGGAACAGUGAGCUUCCUGAUUACAGGCAAUGGAAAAUAGAAGGUACCCCCUUGCAAAAUGUUCAGGAAAGGUUGGCUAAACUUGGUCUCAAGGAUCCAUGGCUUCGCAAUGAAGCAUGGAGAUUCUCAGGUGGCUUUGCAAAACCAGUCACUUUCCUGGACACAAUCGCCAAAGGAUUCAAAUGGGGUUUUGCCGCUUUUGUUGUGGCACUUGCAGUUGAAUAUACAUUUUUCCCCCCAGAAAAAAAUAAGGGACAUCACUGAAGAUUUGUUUGUGUCUUCUGGGUCUUGAGUCCAUUGUAUAGUCUGACGUUUCAUGGAAUGGAGCACAUUAAAGUUCCUCAAAGAAGAAUAUAUGUGUAGUCUCUCUUUCCUCCACAAUUAUGGGAAGAAACGUAGAUAUAUAUCAAAAUAGUCCAUUAUUACUUAAAGAGAAUGGAAAGGC